GCCGGGCCAAGCCGCGGAAGCCGGGGCGGGACUCGGCUGCCAGGGAGCCGCAGGGGCGGUGAUGGGGUCCCGCGGCGGGAGGAGUCCGCGGCCCCGGGCGGCGAUGCCAGGAUAGCGCAGCUGGUGCCAUGGUGCGGGCAGCGGCCCCAGCGCUCGGGCUCCUCCUCCUGCGGCUGCUGCAGCUUCUCUCGCUCCCCGCCGCCCGCAGCAGCGGGCCCGGCGGCCCCGGCGACCUCCUGUACAUCUCUGAGUAUUUUUCUCAGAGUGCCCAGAAGCUGUCCUUCUACAGCUGGUAUGGGAACACCAAACUCUUCCGCUUCCAGGUGCCGGAGGACACGGUACUGCUGCGCUUUCUCCUGCAGGCGUCCAAGGGAAAAGGACCUGAGUGCACCAGUAUGGAGAUCACCAUCUACUUCCGUUACGGAGCCCCUCCCGUUAUUAACCCACUGGGCACUCGGUUUCCCUCAAAUGCAACUGUCCGCCCAUCCUACAACCUAACCAUGACUCUAAGCAUCACUCUGCAGAACAGUAUCUUUGUGAACAUCACCAACCCAGCUGCCGGAGACUGGUUCAUCGCUGCACACCUGCCUCAGGCUGCAGGCAAGAUCGAAGUGAAGGGUUUCUCCAUUCCAUGCGCCUAUAUAUUCCAGCCGGACAUGUUUGUGCUGAGACUUGUUGAUGUCCCUGUCCUGCAGCCGGACACUCCCCUGCAGCAAACCAUUGCCUCUCCUGCUAGGCCACUGCAUGUCAAGAUCUUCAUCCCUGAGUACACUGCCACGAUGCAGUUCACACUGCGGAGCUGUGUGGUGAACAGCACAAAGGCUUGUGCCAUCCGGGUCAUGCUGGGCUCCAUCAUGCUGCCACAGUCCUUCCAGAAAACCCUCAGCUGCAAGGGGACAGCGGAUUGCAGCCUGGUCCUCCAUUCGCCCCCAUGGGAGAAGUGGCUGCAGAUCAUGGCAGAGAAUCUGGACACCACCAACUCCAGCAUCUCCUUUGAGAUGAUUGCCUCCUUCACAGCUUGCAAGCCGGGGAGCACCAAUUUAUUCCUUAACUUCUACAACAGCCUGAAUCAGAGCCAGAGCACUCCAGCCCUGGGCGGGGGUCGCAAUGCCAGCACCCUGGGAAUGUUGGGGAACACCACUCUACUCGCAGUGGGUGCUGCAAACAAUGCAUCCAACCCAGGGACCUUCUGCGUCCAGAAUCAGCCCGUCAUCCGUGAGGACCUGGACGUUGCCUCUGUGAGGUUCAGAGUUAUAAAUGGGCCCAGCAUUCCUGUCCACACUGAAUUCCCCACGCUUCUCCUCUUCAACUUGAAUACUGGCAUGGACAGUGGAGGCACCCUGGUGGUGAACCUGCUGCUGAACGAGACUUCCCUGAGCAUAGGCAAUGCUAGUGUGUUCGCGUGCAUGAGUGCUGCCUCUCCAGUGCUGACCCUCAAUACCACACAGAACUGCAGCACAGCUUUUUUCCAGGGCUACCCUCUGAACGUGACUGGGUCCUCCACAGAAGCAACGCUGAUUAUUCCCUACCCAGAGACUGACAACUGGUUCCUUUCCCUGCAGCUCAUCUGCCCAUGGGGCCAGGGAGAAUGUAACAAAGCGAAAGCCAAAGUGACCGUCUCCACAUACCUCGCCCCCUGCUUUGACGACUGUGGAACAUAUGGACAGUGCAGUCUUCUGAGAAGACAUGGCUACCUCUACGCCGGCUGCAGCUGUAAAGCUGGUUGGGGUGGAUGGAGCUGCACUGAUAACACUAAAGCCCAGUCUGUCGGCUCACAGAAUCUGGCCACCCUUCUUCUCACGCUCAGUAACCUCAUGUUCCUGCCAGCCAUUGCAGUUGCUCUGUAUCGCUACUACCUGGUGGAAGCCUCUGUUUACACCUACACCAUGUUCUUCUCCACGUUCUACCAUGCGUGUGACCAGCCAGGAGUUGCUGUGAUGUGCAUCAUGGAUUACGACACUCUGCAGUACUGCGACUUCCUGGGCUCCGUAGUCGCCAUUUGGGUGACGAUCCUGUGUAUGGCCCGAGUGAAGAAAAUCUUAAAAUAUGUUCUCUUUGUGCUGGGGACCCUGUUAAUUGCCAUGUCCCUGCAGCUGGACCGCAGAGGGAUUUGGAACAUGAUGGGCCCCUGUCUUUUUGCUCUCAUCAUCAUGAUCAUGGCAUGGGUUUACCACGGAGUGAAGCGCCGCCAUUGCUACCCCACCUCAUGGAAGCGCUGGGUUUUCUACCUCAUUCCAGGGAUCACCUUGGCUUUCGUCGCCAUCUCAGUGUAUGCAUUCAUGGAAACCAGUGACAACUACUACUACACGCACAGCAUCUGGCACAUCCUGGUGGCCAGCAGCGUGGCUUUCCUACUCCCGCCUUGUGAUAAGCAUAAGAAUCCCUGGGCCUGGUCACAGAAGCUCAUCUGUCGCUAUCAGAUAUGCAAAAAUGACCGUGAGGAGCUUUAUGCAGUGACCUGAGUUGGGCUGGCAUGCAGGGCCACAGGCCAGUGGGAUGGAGGACUUGCUUGGGCCCCCCUUCUCCAGACGAGUGAGAACUGCCACCUGUGCAUGCUCAGAACUCAGUAGUGUUUUUGCUGGCUAGCCAGGGCAGCACAAUGGCAGGAGCAGGUUUGACUGCAGAUGCUGGGCCUCUGCCUUUGGGGAAAAUGGGGACAAGGAGUCCCCGCACCCCUCCACGGGAUAGGGAGAGGCUUCUAAUAUGUUUUAUAAAGAAAGGAAUAGCCUGCAUCCACGUGCCACCAAAAAGCCGAGAGCUCCAUUCCUUCCAGCCAUGGCAGCUGGUCUGGGGCUCGCUGUUACCUACCAUAGUGAGGUCUCUGGCACCAGAGCUCCUCUCUAGAUGCCAACUCCUCGCAGAGGGCUCCAGGAUGGUGCCUGGCUUUGUUUCCACUAGGAGUUCCUGUGAUCUCACCUCCCUUUGCCAUGGAAAGGGCAACUACCCCAGCUGUGUAUUAGCUGGAGCCGGUGGCCUCCUUCAGCAAGGCAUGUCUGUCUCAUCUUGGCGUUACUGGGGAGCUGCAGGGGUGCGGUGGGCUGCCCAUCCCAAAGCAAAACUAUGGAAAUAGAGGCACACUGUGCCCAUAUAUUCUAGAAUUAGCUGCCCCUUUGCCCAUCUCCAUAAUAUGCUCAAGGGUUUGAGUCCUUCACAUCCAGCUUUGCAUUGGGGGAAUAAUAACUGACGUGGAAAUUCUGCCACUGAAACAAGAACCAAACCCCAGAUCAGGCUACUGUUUUCACUCCUGUUUCUAUCAAGUGUCAGGUCGGCAGCUGCUGGAGUUUGUUUAAAUGCCUUGGCGGCUAUAGCAUCCACAGCUGAGAUCAUGUCCAGGGCCGUCCUUACCCAUACGCAAAGUACGCAGCUGUGUAGGGCACCAGGAAAUUUCCUGGUGCCCUGUGCAGCUGCGUGCUACUCUAGCCCCUGCUCCAGCUCUUCCGCAUGGCCCCUUCCCUGCCCCAGCCCCGGCUCUUCCCGGCCCCAGCCCCACUCCCCUGAGGACUCUAGAAGCAGUCAGGCCUGCACCCACCGGUAAGUAGAGCAACCCGGCCCCAGCCUGCUCCGCUCCCCUGGCUCCCAGCCGCGCUGCCGGCGAGUGCUGGGGGGCAGUUCCCCCCUCCUCCCAAGGCUGGGAGCCAGGGGAGCAGAGCAGGCUGGGGCCAGGUCACUCCACUUCCCGCAGAAGGUGGCCAACCCCACUCUCCUCCCCCACAGCGGCCUAGGGCCCCACACAGCCCUCCUCCCCCCCUCCCACGAGCACCAAAAUAGCUAGGGGCAGCCCUGAUCAUGCCGAUGUCAAAGUGCAUGUACCAACCAGGGGAUCAGACACCUCAGCAAACUAAACUGCAGGGGCAAAAUUGCAACUGCAACUAUUUGUGUGCAAUUUGUGUCAAGCAAAAGGAGGCCAGUGCCUGAACAUCUGGCCUGGUGGAUGUUAAACGUAUGUGACUUCUGGCUUUUCCCUCAGGGUGCUGACUAUUUCAUACUUAGGUCUGAUGUGAGUAGAGUGUUGUAUAUUUCCUGUAUACGAUAUGGAGUCUGACUGCUAUUUGACAUCAAGGAUCCUUCCUUCACGAUGAUCAGCUGCAGAGGAAGACAGCGAAGACUCUGUUUAAAACAUGCGGUUGGGAGAAGGGAAGAGAGUAAGAGCUGUUAAUUAAGGGCCCUUUCUCUGGGUAAGAUUAUUUGGCUUUUGAAAAAUAGCCCAGCAUUUUGCCAGCUGCUUACAGUCUCAAACUUUACCCUUCUCUAGCAACUAAUCCAGUCACCAGCUAACUUAAAGUUCCAACAAACACUCUUCAGGGGACCUGGGCUGGAUUUGGUGCAGGUAAAUCUGGGGAAGACCUGCAAGCUGAGUUGAUCUGCAUCUUGCUCCUGGAGUAGAGGCAGCAACGAGAACUUCACAUUGGUUGCCAUAUUUCUUUACAAAUUAAUUUUUUUGAAACAGACAUACAGAUGAGCGAAUAACACUCAUUGUACCUAGAUGAAAAAGCCACUGAUGAAAGGGGAAAAAAUGGUUAUGGCUAUUGCAGGUUGUUUAGAAACACUUGUAUCUCUUCACUCCAUGCUACAGGUAAUGUGAAUUUGUAUGGAAGAUGCUGAGUGGUAACACUAAGUGUUGUGGUAGUCUGACUUUUUAGUUGUUCCAAGCAACAUGAAGUCAGGAUUUUAUAUUGAGAUGAUAUGUCCCAAAUCCACCGGCCUUUGUUAUUCUGCUAUAGGCUUGGGUCUCUGUCUUAUUGUUCCUUUCCCUUCCUGUAGCAAGGCUCUCGUUAGUAAUUUUGUACCUCGUUGGAGCAGGAUUUCAAACACUCUGGGAUUCCUAUAACUUAAUCACCAGUUUUUAGCACUUUUCCUUCAGUUGUUACUAAUUAGUUGUAAGCUGAGCACUUGGCCUUAGUGGAUUGUAAUAAAUUGUUUGCAACUCUUUCAUACAUAGAAUGCUGCAUUUGCAGCUGGGAUGCUGCAUAUUAACUAGAUGGAGCAAUAAUACUCUAAUUUAUGCCUUUUUAAUAUAGUUUUCAAUGCUGUGAAGCACAUUGAGCUUUGGGAUGGGUGAGGGGGGUAAAUCCCUGUAAUUUUUUUGUUACUCUUAUUCCUCUUCAUCCCCAACACUAUGAUUGGAAAGAAUUAUCUUGCAUAAUUUUACUGGGAGAAAUAAAUAUUUUGUCAAUUACCUCGGGUAGAAUUUGAGCAGAUGCCAAUAUUUAAAUACUUGAUUUUUUUGCUGUAAUAUUUGUGGUUUAAUUUUAUUUUAUAUAGUGAAUUUUAAAGCUUCGUGUUUUUAUAAUUUAAUAAAUGUAAUUGUACUUGAAAUCGUCCAAUCUGCAAUAGCACUUUCUGGAAUGGGAUUUUAUAUUUGUAUGUCUAAGGCAAGAAAUCAAAUAAAAAGUAAAACAAA